AUGAGGAAAGAGACUUUAUCUUUGUAUGCAUUUGACUUCUCCCAUCAGCCGACACAGCUCGCAAUGUCGAUGCGCCUCAGCCGCAAGUUCAGAAAGGCGACAGGGCUUCAUAUUCCCUACAAGCGCCCCAACGACCCAGCAGCAGAGACGAGGCACCUCUACUGUGCCAACCUGCCUGAGCAUGACAGCUCGCAAGAUUGGCGCAGCCACCCACUCUUCCCUGUGUGCUCAGAGUUUGGAGAGGUCGAGACGAUGUUCUUAGUUCCAUACAAACCCGUUGCCUACGUGACCUUCGUCGAUGAAGGCUCGGCCAGGAAAGCCUGUUCGUUCUUGCGUGAAAGCGGUCUUUCUGGCAAGUUAGUACAUGUACAAUAUGCCGAGGCCUGUGAAAAGAGGCCGGGCGAGCCCAAUCCUGCCAUUCCCUGCACUUCACUGUCCAAGGAUCUGGUAGUUGAAGGAUUGAUAUUGAAGGAAGACUUCUUGUCUCCUGAGGAGAGCGAGGAUACUUUGAACCAGCUGGACGAGUUGGAAUGGGAGUCGUCGCUGUCCCGAAGAGUUCAGCAUUUUGGCUUCACAUUCGAUUAUGCGACAAGGCGGGUCAACACUCUCAAGACAAGAGCGUUUCCUCCUUUCCUCCUGAGAAUAGCUCAGCGGGCACUUAGGGAGAAACUACUUCUCUUCGAACCGGAUCAAUGCACGGUGAAUGAAUAUCAGCCCGGCCAGGGAAUCAGGAGCCAUGUCGACACGCAUAGUGCGUUUGAGGAUGGGAUACUUUCAGUCUCCCUUGGAUCCUCCGUAGUGAUGGAGUUUCGAUCCCCCGACGGGCUUUCGAAGAAUGUACAGCUGAAACCAGGAAGUGCUCUCUCAAUGCAGGGAGAAUCGAGGUACAAGUGGGCGCACGGAAUUUCAAACAGAAAGAGCGACUUGGUCGAUGGUAAAUUUGUGCAGAGAUGUAGGAGAGUGUCGAUGACAUUUCGAAAGAUCAAGACGUCCCCGUGUAAAUGUGAAUUUCCCGAGCAAUGUGACUCGCAAUUAGCACCGAUCCCUAAACCUCGCACUGUACAAUACACGGAUGGGACUGAGUUAGACCCACUGACUCUUCUCCAUCAUGCUGACGGGGAUAAGGAGCCCGAGAUUGAGAGGAGGCAUGUACAUGAGGUGUAUGAUACAAUUGCAAGUCACUUCAGCGAGACGAGAUACAAACCAUGGCCAAAGGUUGCUGCGUUCCUACAGGGACUUCCUUUCGGAUCGAUCGUUGCUGAUGUUGGAUGCGGCAAUGGGAGAUAUCUUGCUUGUGCAAAGCAUAUUGCCGUAAUUGCGCUAGAUCGUUGCAAAGGGCUCGUCGAACAUGCUACAGAGAAAGCAGUUUUACACCAUCUUUCCACGCCUGCAAGGCGGCUCAACGCGAUCGAGGAGCUCCUCCGGCUCGUCAAGGUAGGAGGAAGAGUCCUCAUCUACGCGUGGGCCAAGGAGCAAGGGAGUGAAUCGAGGUUUCACUUCUCCAACUCCGACGAGAUGGUACCAUGGAGCCUUCCUACCACCGACGGGAAAGACAACGUCCAUGUUCAAAGGUACUGCCACCUCUAUGUCGAAGAUGAGCUGCCAAGACUAUGUGAAGGUAUCUCGUACGCCUCUGUAGAGAGGAGCUAUUGGGACUGCUCCAACUGGUGUGUGGAGCUGAUCAAAGUGAAGGAGAGGAACGAAUAA